AUGACGGAAACGAAUAUGAAUCACGUAUUUUCCUCCAGCUACCUCCAGCGGCUCACACAGGAGUUGUCUGAGGAUCUAGACAAGGUCCGCAACGCGGAUGAUUUCAGGGCCGAUUCUGUGCCGUUUCUAGUCCAUGCGUUGGCACAAGGCAGUUCUCAAUUCCCCAAAGAUGACAAGAAGCGAAUCGUCCAAGCAUACGAAAAGCAGACAAAGGACGAGAAAAACCUGAUGGAAGACAAGGAAUCUUGA